AUGGCAACUCACUGGUUUAGUCUGACCAGCUUUCCAGAUGUUCAAGGGUUUUGGCAGGCAUUCCUGUAUUGGUUCGCGUAUUUCCGGGUCUUCAUGUUUAUCAUCAAGGCCACUGCUGUCUUCAUCAAAGCAUAUAAGCCUAUCGGUACAAGAGCCUACUCCAGCAAGCCCGAGAUCGCUGCACAUCUCAAGCACAACACAGAGAGGCUUCUAACCAAAUUAGAUUUGCCCAUCGUCCGUGGAGUCAAGCUACACUUGGUUUGGAGAACUGGAACACGUCAUAUCCUUAAAGCUGGUGUGUCACUCGUCAGCGUCAAGUUCAUGUUGGUCAAAGAGCCUGGAAGAUCAUUGGGAUACCAGGUCAAGUGGUUACUGAAGUGGGCAGGAAUAAAAUGUUUGGUUCAGUCAUAG